AUGUGUGGACGUACAUGCAUGACUUUAGCUCCAGAACAAGUAAAGUGUUCUUGUAAGUACAAAACAAAGGAAGAUAAAGAAUCUGAACCGAAAUAUCGCAACGAAUAUAAUUUAGGAAGGAAAUACUGUAAUUUAAAUCUACCAGAUCCUUCAUACAACAGUGCACCUGGUGACAUUUGCCAAAUAAUCGUUUCGGCAAAAAAUUUUGAUGACAACGCUGACAGUUCUGAAAGAGUUUUGAUUCCAGCACUUUGGGGAAUUGUUCCAAAGUGGCAUAAAGGUGAUUAUCGUAAACAUGGAUUAACAACAAAUAAUGCUCGUUUGGAAAAAUUGACAAGCUCAAAAUUAUACAAUCCGGCACUAGAAAGUGGCCGAAGAUGCAUUUUAGUCAUUGAAGGAUUUUAUGAAUGGCAAACAGUUGAUUCUAAAUUGAAAUCAUCACAAAGACCCGUUUACUUCAUUCAAAUGCCACAAGGUGAAAGUAAGGCAAAAGAUGAAAUAAAACUUAUGUUUGUUGCUGGUUUAUUCGAUGUUUGGAACGAUGCAGAUGGCGAUUCUUUGUACAGCUUCACUGUCAUUACUUAUGAAUCAGACAAACAUUUCGAUUGGCUUCAUCAUCGAACGCCAGCUAUAUUGGAAACUGAGGAUCAAAUAAGCGAUUGGUUGGACUAUGAAAGAAUUCCAAGUAAAGAAGCUUUAAAUGUUAUUAAACACCCCAAAUCCAUUGUAUGGUAUCAGGUCUCGAAUUAUGUCAACAGCACCAAAAACAAACUCGAACAAUGCAGAAAGCCUAUUGAAGAUGUCAAAGCAGAAUCGAAUAAAAAGAACAGUUUACUGUCUUGGAUUAAUAAAAGAAAGAACUCAGAAGAUGAUAAGAAUGUUACAAAAUUGGAAGAUUUAGAAGAAAAUUCUUCGAAACGUUUAAAACAAGAAUAA